CUUUCUCAUACCCUACUUCAUCUCUCUGGUGUUAUGUGGUGUUCCUAUAUUCUUUAUGGAAGUAUCUCUCGGUCAGCAGCUGCAGACUGGUGGUAUCAGUGUGUGGGAAAUAUAUCCUAUUUUAAAAGGUGUUGGUUUUGCUGGAGCUACCAUCUCGGCCAUCUUAAAUACGUACUACAUCGUCAUCGUCGCCUGGUCCCUCCUCUACUUCUUCUACUCCUUCCGUUCAAAACUGGUGUGGGGCGACUGCGACAACUACUGGAACGAUUUUUACUGUAACGACCCCGCUCUUCAGACGAAUUGUUCGGCACCCACUGGCUAUUUCUGCGCCGCCAACGGCACGUUCCUCAAUAAGACGUUAGGAGAAUCACCAGCUCAACAAUUUUGGGAAAACCGAGUUUUAGGCAUCAGUGAUGGUAUCGACCAUAUCGGAGGUCUCAGAUGGGAUCUUGUGGGAUGUUUGGCGCUCGGAUGGAUUCUAACAUAUCUUUGCAUUUGGAAAGGUGUUAAACAGACGGGAAAGAUUGUUUACUUCACAGCUUUGAUCCCUUACGUCAUUUUGUUGGCUCUCUUGAUCCGAGGUCUAACGUUACCCGGAUCUUCUGACGGUAUCUAUUACUACAUUAAUCCUGAUUGGGAGCGUCUCAAAACACCAACAGUUUGGAUCGAUGCGGCAACACAAAUUUUCUUUUCAUAUGGCGUUGGAAUAGGAUCACUUAUAUCUCUUGGAAGUUACAACCCGAUUAGGAAUAAUUCUGUUAUUGAUACUGUAAUUGUAGGAAUAGUGAAUGCUGGAACAAGUUUAUUUGCUGGUUUUGUUAUCUUCUCCAUUCUUGGAUACAUGGCUUACGAGCAAGGGGUUGAUGUAUCAGAGGUUGUCGAUGAAGGGCCUGGUUUAACGUUUGUGGCCUACCCGACCGCUGUGUAUUACAUGCCCGGUGCCCCGGCCUGGGCCGUCAUUUUCUUCGCCAUGCUGAUCAUGUUGGGUCUAGACAGUCAGUUCUGUGUAGUGGAAGGACUUGCCACUUCUCUUAUGGAUGAGUUCCCAAACUACGGUCUUCGCAAGAACCGCUCCGUGUUUUUAGCCAUCUUCUGUCUCGUCGAUUUCGCUCUUGGUCUCCUUUGCGUAACAGAGGGAGGGAUGUACUUCUUCCAGUUGAUGGACAGCUAUGGUGCGAGCGGUAUAUGCUUAUUAUGGGUCGCCUUCUGGGAAUGUGCGUCAGUGUCAUACGGCUACGGCCUCAAGAACUUCUACAACAGGAUAAGCACGAGUAUUGGUUUCACCCCCGGAUGGUAUUGGCCUCUGUCUUGGGCUGCUCUCACCCCGGCAAUCAGCAUGGGUAUCUUCUUAUUCAGUCUUAUCGACUAUCAACCAGCUAAGUAUGGUGAGGACUACUACUAUCCCGUCUGGGGUGAGAUUAUCGGUUGGAUGAUGGCUAUUGUCUCUAUGCAGUGGGUUCCAAUCUAUGCCAUUUAUAUCAUGCUUACGACACCUGGUUCAUUCAGAGAGCGAUGUCGAAUCGCCACGACACCCCGCAUCGUUCUCCCCGAACCGGAAGACGACAACCAGACUGUAUCAGUGGAAGGGAACGGCAGCGACGGGUCCGAGUCAAUCAAGAACAACGCAACAGCGCCACCAAACUACGACUCCGCAACGGCGUUAAACGGUGAAAAGAAAGUUGAUUACGAAAACGAAGGAUUCACUCCGUUAUAAAAAUGACAAGGGAUUAUACUGAAAAUGACACUGUUUAGUGCAAUUUGAGUUUCACAUCGGGGCUUUUUUUAUCAGGAUGAAAUAAAAGCCCGAUGAAACCUGCUGCUCCGCCAUUGAUGAAGCGUCGGCGAUUUGGUGUCAAGGUGAACAAGAUCUUCUUCUUCGAACGGUCUUCGUUUGAAUCAACAUGCAUUCUUCAUCAUAUGGAAAUGAUGGUAUCGGAGCCAACUAGUAAACAUAGAUUGACAAUUUCAGUCUUAUUAUACUGGCUCGAUCAUUCUUCCAAUUUUUUUAUCCCGCCAUUUUGUUUCUAAUUGUGUGAAGCGACUGUCCGAUAUUUUUUCCAGUCAUCUGAUAGUGGGGAUCGAAUCAAGGUUGUUGUAAUAAUGAUGAAAGUGAAAUCACGAUGAUGUAUGAUGAAUCAGAGAUGUCGAUUUAAGAACGCCGAGGAUGGUUGUGGCCCUCUAUCUAUUUGGUUUGGUUUGGUUUUAUUUACCGCACAAAAAUCACAAUAAAAUACUUUGCACAGGAUAUGAGAAUAAAUAUAAAUAUAUAAACAUGCACAUAAAAAUAUACGGAUGGAUCACUCUAUUCAGAGCCAUUGAUGUAAUGGCUUUGUUCUUCCUAGAGGUCUAUCAUAAGGCCUGCUUAUCACAUUUGCUCAACACUAUUGCAGCAUUGCUUGUUCCACAUGCGGUUUGAUCUAAAACCACUUUUAUUAAUAUAAAAAAAUGUCUAUAGAUGAUAUUUCAGUGAUUCAGUCACUCGUGUAAUAAUGGUCCAGCUAAUUUUCUACCUGCCUUUUUUUGGGGGGUCACUUCUUUUUAAUGCCUCCGCUCUGAAGGGUGCCGAGGGCAUAAAUUGUUGCUUAUUUUUUUCUCUCUCCUUCUUUCGGCACCUUCUUCUUGUCCUCUUCUCCUUCUUCGCCUCAUUCUCCAGUUUUCUUCUCCUCUGUUUCAUUUAUCCUUCCUGUCUUGUCUCUUUUUUUUUUUUAAUCUGCGCAAAAAUUGUAGUCUAAGUUUCUUGAACUUGCCUUUUUAUAAGACGAGAUCAUUUCAAUCAGAAUGGGAGUAAUUCUUUUUUUUAGUGAAUACUUUUUCUACUUAAGAACGUUAAUGAACGCAGCUGGUAGGUCAGGUAUUUAAUCUUCACUUGGAGCAGUUGAUUUGCAAUUGACAUUUAAACAAGUCAAUAUUAUAUUUCUAAUUGUAAAAUGUGUUACGUGAAAUUAUAUCGUGCUAUAUAAUGCAUAAAUUUUAUUUUGCUUUUAUCGUUAUUUGUUUAUUUGUAAUCUAUUGCAUCUAAAAGGUGGUCGUUUCAGUGUCCUAAAUUCUUACUGAUUGGCUGGCACUGUUUAGGGAUUUUUUUUAUUAGAAAAAAUGUUUUUGUCAUUUCAUCUCAGGAAAUAUUUUGUCUCCUUUUCUACCCCUCCCUCUCUCUAUAUAUCCCUCUCUUUCAAUAUAAUCAUAGUGUAAGGUUCUAUAGUACAGAUAAGAAAACACUUUAUUUUUGGAAUUUGGAUGAACUAUAUCAUUAAAAUGUAUGCAUAUAUGUAUUAUAGUGUACAUAAAAUAACAUUGAAUCCCUUCGUAUACCACGGCUAGGAUCAAAGUUGAGACUUUAUUGUAAAUGUUUAUGCUUGGAUAAAUUGGAACAUGACAACAUCGAUUGGGUAAAAUAUUUUAAUUUUUUAUUCAGAAAGAAGAUUAGUUUAGAAGUUAGCCUAAAACUUCUUCAAAUAGUUCUCUUAUUUUGUUUUGAUGGAACUCUCGACUUUCAAGACCAAGAGUUAUAUUUCAAUCAGAGCAUUCGGCUUACAUCAUUGCAGGAGCCUCUUUCACAACCAAUUGUGAAUAUACUAGUUUUAGCUUUACCAUUAUGGUCAAUUUCAAUGGAAAGCUUGAUUUUAUUUGGCUGACGGUCGAGCCCUUUGGCCAUGGUCAGAUGGUAGUUGACAUGGCAAAAAUACUAAAAUCGUAAAAUAUUUUUAAACGGGGAACCAUAUUUGUAUUACAGUAAAUGAACAAUAAUAUUUUCUUCUUUUCUCUUUAUCCUCCCAUGUACCAGUCAAAUUAAGAUAUUUUUUUCAAUGGUGUGCUGCGGUUCGGAUGCAUCUAAAAUUAUACGAAUUUGAUCUCUACCAAAUAAAUGCAAUAAAAGUCGAGCAGAAUUUAAACAAACAACCAAAUGACAUUUGUAAAAUAAGUUUCCAUUCAACACGUAAAACGGUAUAUUGUUUUCCUUUUCUCAUCCAAAAGUUGUAAGAAUGUCUUUGUUUUGCUCACUUGAUAUGUUUUCAAGUUUGGUGUUGACCUUUUAGUGUUGGUGUUGGCCGUUGGGCCGUUUUUACAGCAUUACACAACACUCUGGAUGCUGCUCCUGCGGCGAAUCUAACUAAGAUCAACGCUGUGAUUCAGGUCAAUGUAUAUACUCAAAUUUUGUAUAAAUUAUAUAGGAGCUAUCAAAUUCAAUUUGAAUUGUGUUCCAAUACCAACGCAUAACUUUGAAAUUACCCAUUAUGAUUGUAACUAGUAACAUAAGGAUUCUUUCCGUGUAGUAUAUAUGCAGCAUCAAACUGUAUUGUUACACGAAAGAUGAAAAGGCUGCGUAUGUGUAAACAUACUAUAUAAGUUGUUUGGUGAUAUUCACUGCUAGUUAGUUAUUCGAUCAUGUCACAUUGGUUUGUCUUUUGUAUUUUCUAUCAAUGCACAAUUUCCCCUUUGCAAACAGUUGAUCUGUGUUGGUUAAUGUCUCCUUGUGACGCAAGCAUUCAGGGAACAACUCUGCAGUGCAGGUGUGUUUUACAUUAAACUAGAAAUCAGUAUUUAAGUUCAACAUUAAUUCUCAGUUCCCUAUUAGUUUAGGACUAAAUAGCCUUUCUAAACUAAACGUAUACAGCGAUGUUCAUCCAUGGUGAUAUAAUAAUCCCGAUGAAAUUUAAAGAGGAAGAUAAUACAGAACUGAAGAAUCGCUCUGAUUCGCAACAUAAAUCGCCAAAUGAUAUCAAUUCAUUUUCAUUUAUUUUCCAAUAACGGAGUAGACCAGAAAUUGAAUAUAAAAUAUACAGCUGCAUUCAUUCUGGGGAAUACUUCAAUUGCAGAUUGACUUUGAACUAUAUAUACAUUUAUAUUUUGCGUGUAACAUUUAUUUGCUCACUCUAACUUCAAUCUUUUAUUUGUCUGUCUUCCUCCACAUGUAACAGAUGAUUAAAGUAUGAUUAUUUUUCUUCCACUUCUCAGAGAUAUUUGUAUAUUGUGGAAGAUAAUAAAAGAAGAGACGUUUCUUCAA